AUGAACAAAAUACACUUGACCAACAUCACAAAUAAUGAAAUAUUUACUUAUUCAACUAUUUUGAUUAAAGGAUUCGUUGACGUACACGAUGAAUCGAAUAUUAUACUCAAACAUUACUCAAACAAUGGUAAACAGUUAGCAGAGUCUCGCUGGUCAGUGAAUAAAAAUAAAUUUAAAAUAAUAAUAGAAUUAAAAAUUGGCGAUAAUAUGUUGGUUUUUAAAUUCGCCAAUGAGGUCUUACACACAAAAUUAGUAUACAGACAAAGAGUUACUAACUACACUGUGUGUCCAGUUUACGUAAUUUGUGCUGAUCAUGAUGGUAGAUUCCAGGCCCCUGUAGAUCAUGAUAAUUCUGUUCAAAAUGCUUGCACUAAAAUAACUUUAUGCUCCAAAUUAAUUCAAAUGUUAACAGCUGAAAAAAUGUAUGAAAAAGGUUUUGGAAAGAAAACAUUUAAAGUUGAAAAAGAAUGUCGUAUAAUUAAAAGCUCUUUAACAAGGCGCACAGUAUUUAACAUGCAUCCUGAGAAAUUAUGGGAAUAUAUUGCCAGGGAGUUGACUGCUGGCCAAAAUUCUAAAACUCAAAAAUAUUUAGCUUUCCUAUCUUGUACUUAUUGGGAUGGACAGAAUUUACAUGGUCAUGUUGCAUUGGGUGGUGGUGGACUGGCAUUAUUUGGAACGGGUUGUCUUUACACUUGGCCUAGUAAGCUAGAGGAAGUUUUACCAUGUUUCAUGAACAUGGCAAAAGUCGAUACCGGCACAUUGUUAGAUGACAGCUGUUUCAGAGGAAAUUUUGGUGGAUGCUUUAGCACAACCUUAGGUUCUGUAUGGCAUGAAUUGGGACACACAUUCGAUUUAGGCCACUCGAAAUAUGGCAUUAUGGGACGAGGAUUCGAUAAUGUUCAUUUAAUUUUUACAUUGGAUAAUAAAAAUAUUGCUCAAGAAAUAAAGCCUGCCAACAAAGGAUAUAUUAUAUGUAUUGAAAAUUAUUCAAACACAAUAAAUAUGAAGGACGAUAUGUCUAAUAAUAACAAUACAAUUGAAAAUGAAACAAUAGAUGAGUAUGAUUCAAAACACAUAAUAUGUUGGUCUAUGGGAUGUGCGUCAAUACUUUCAUUUCAUAAAUGGUUUAAUGAUUUCAAAGAAGAAAACAACAAUGAACACAAAAUUGAUUAUGUAGCAAAAAGAAAUUUAUUGACUUCACGAAAUGGCUUGAGAGUAGUUCAAUUAAGGAGAGAGGAUGGCCUUGUUAUGCAUUCAUGGGAAUUUGUUAAAAAUAAUAACAAACGUACAUUCAUUCUUCCAGUACAGUUAGCAAAUAAUGGUAUAACUAUUAUUGCUGAAGAUUCUUAUGGAAAUAUAUUAAAACAUUUACUGUAA